UAAUUUUCUCAUCACUUUUAAUCGUUUUCGAUCGCCAUUUGUAUAGUUUGUUACAGUUUUUCGAGAAUUUUCGGGUAAAUUACCACGUAAAAGUGUUCAAGUUUUAAUCUUUCUACACAUUAAAACCUUGCCUAAAAACUGCGCGUAAGAGUCGAGUUGUGAACGUUCCGAUUUGUCGCCAAAAUCGGAAUCAAAAGUAAAAAGGGUGAAAAAGCAUCAGCUAGCAGCUGGAGCGGACGUGUGUUUGUGCUUAGAGGUCAUAGCAAAAUCUUUCCAACAUAGGGCUAUCGGAGACGGCCGUAAUGGACAUCAUGGCUUCGAACCUUCAACAGCAACGGGCCAUUACCGAGCAGUUGAGGCGAGAGGCUGCGAUCCAGCGGGUUCCAGUCACACAAGCCGUGGCCGACAUCGUCAAGUACGUCACGGAACAUGAGGCGGAGGACUGUUUGCUGGUUGGUUUCUCCAGCCAGAAGGUGAAUCCCUUCCGGGAGAAGAGCUCCUGCCAGAUUCUGUAAGGU